AUGACCGGACUUGCCUCUCUUCGUCCAGGAAGCCAUACGAAUGGCCUUAUUUCUGUCCAAUCACGGGCUCUCCCUGGGACCACCGCGACAACCUCGUUCCUCAAUUCAUCAGCAGAUUCAUCGAAUAUCGGUCCAACGAUGACCACGACAUCGGUUGCUACUUCCAGUCGCUCGCAGUCCUCAAUCGCCCCCCAGACUUCGCGUUCCUCACCCCGAACAUCCUCCCGCACUCCCAUUGUUCGCUUGGGUCCCAGUGACCUAAUCGAUGACAACUUUUGGUCUUCCUUGAUUGGCUCUUUGUUCGGACUACACCCGCUUCCGUCAAGCCAUACAAGCAUCCCGUCAACUUCGCAUGCAUCAGCUAACUCAGCCGCACAGAAUCAGAUCGCCAGAGCUGCCUUUACUUUGCCGGAUAGACAACGCCCUCGGUCUGACUGGACAGAAGUCGGCGAAUGGUGGAUGUUGGAUAAUGUUGGCUCGCCAUCGGCAUCAAGUUCCUCAUCCUCCGGUGUUUCUGCUCAUAGUCUCCACAAGAUGAAUGGUAGUUCUUCGCAGUGUACCCUACAAACAUUCUCUGAUGGACGCCCAUUACCUGCUGGUUGGGAACGACGAAUCGACCCAACUACUCAGCGAAUUUACUAUGUGAAUCAUAUCAACAGAAUCACUCAGUGGGAAGAUCCGCGUGAACGUGGAAUGGACGAAAACCAACCACUACCUCGUGGGUGGGAAAAGCGAUACACUCCACAAGGCCAACGUUUCUUCAUUGACCACAACACGCGCACCACGACGUUCAUUGAUCCCCGAACCGGACAACAUGCGGGGUCUCUGGGCACCAUGGGCGUCCCCCUACAAUAUGAGCGUAAUUUCCGUGCCAAACUGGAAUAUUUUCGGGCCUGUUGUGCUCAUGCAAUGGUCGUUGGUCAAACGAAAAUUCUUGUUUCUCGGGAUAAUCUUUUGGAGGACUCAUUUCAGUUGAUCUCACAAAUGACUCCAACGAGUCUGCGAAGACGUCUGUCAAUUACAUUUCUUCACGAGGAAGGACUGGAUUACGGAGGGGUAGCAAGGGAGUGGUUUUACGGAUUGUCCAGAGAAAUCUUCAAUCCCAUGUUCGGUUUAUUCGAAUACACCGGGAAGAACUAUGGUCUACAAAUUAACCCGGCCUCCCACGUAAAUCCGAACCAUUUGAGUUACUUUCACUUCGUUGGUCGUCUCAUUGGUAUGGCCCUAUUCCACGGUCGUUGUUUGGACGGCGGUCUCACAUUAUCCUUUUACAAACGCAUCUUGGGUCGGAAGCUCACUUUGGAAGACUUGGGUCAUACAGAUCACGACUAUUACCAAUCGCUUGCAUUCAUCAGAGAUACAAAUAUUGAUCGUUGUGACUUGGACAUUUACUUCGUUGGGAGCUACGAUCUACUCGGGGAGGUGCACGAAGACGAACUGAUCGAUAAUGGCCGAAAUGUGAAGGUUACAGAGGAUAACAAACAUGAGUAUAUCAGAUUAAUGGUCGACUGGCGCUUCACGAGGGGUGUAGCCAAACAAACCGAAGCGCUCCACAAAGGUAUACACGAUGUUCUGGAACCGCAGUGGCUUCAAUUGUUCGACGAGCGUGAGCUGGAGCUACUGCUUUCUGGAAUGCCCGAAAUCGAUGUGGCCGAUUGGGAGAAAAACACAACCUACUUGAAGUACACGCGCUCCAGUAAACAGAUAACUUGGUUUUGGAAACAAGUCGGUUACAAAGAUGAACAAUCGUACUGCUGGCUUACGAUUUCAGUAUACAAUACCGAUCCGCGCAACCAUUUGGCCAAGCUGACGCUCAGUUCCCACUCGAAGGAAAACGAUGACUACGUGAUCGUAUCUGUCGCAUUCGAGGCGGAAGUUCAGCGGAUCCUGGUUGACAGUGUAAUAGAGUUGCCAGUAACUUCGGACACAAUUCGUGCAGAUACUGCUCAAGAGGAAAUCUUGCUGAAAGUGAUAGGGUUUGUGCAGUCCAGUUGGUCUAAUGUCAAAAUUUCGACUGAUUUACGACUUCUCUUCAGUCGGCGCGGAUAUCCUUUGGUCGUUGAUAACUGUCUAAUGUUUGGAGACCCAGUCGUGGUGUCAAUGAAGUUACGGAAGCGAAUCUUACAGCAGUUUCAUUCAGGACAUCCGGGAACUAGCCGAAUGAAGGCACUCGCACGAAGUUUGGUGUACUGGCCUCAAAUUGUUUCAGAAAUCAAACAGUUUUGCCAUAGUUGUCAAUUUUGUCAGCAAGCGGCGAAGGCACCUCCAAAAUGUCCGUGGCAACCUUGGUGCGAAUCGGAGAAGUCCUGGCAGAGAGUCCGCUUGGAUUAUGCGGGACUCAUCAACGGUCAAUUUUAUCUGAUUUCUGUUGAUUCCUUCACAAAGUGGCCAGACUUGAUUCCGAUGCAAAAUCCCACACCUCAGCACACUAUCAAUGAGCUGAACAAACUGUUUCAGUAUUUUGGCACACCGGAUAUGCUGGUUACGGACAACGGAACACAGUUCACACCAACGCUGUUCCGAAAAUUUUGCAUGCAAAACGGAAUCCGCCGUACCACCCACAAUCAAAUGGGCAGGUCGAACGGUUUGUUGAUCCCUUUAAACGUGCUCUUCUCAAAGCGGAAGGAACGAGGGUGUCACGAGAGGCAAUUCAGCCGUUUUUGA